CCAUCUACAGCGCAGGCGGAUCAGAGUCCGUGACAAAUGCCACACAAUUGCAUGGAACUGAAACCUCGCUUCUUAGUUCUUGUCACUGCGAUCCUGUUAUUGGUGGAAAUGCCAUGUUACACAAGGACACACCGGUUGUCACCAUCGGAGGAACGCAUCGCCGAUGCCGUAUACAGCCGAUUGAGAACGGCAGAAAGCGACAACGCUGACGAAGAAGAUGGAUUUCGUUCGCGAUUCCCCGACAAGCGGGCGGUUCGGCUAAUGCGUUUGGGCUGAACGGUCUCCUGAUUUAGCACUGCAGUUUGUCUCUUUCUGUAACCUACAAGUUCAGAACAAUAAAGUUAUAUUCAUGCCUGUUUA